ACUGUCUUAAUCUGCAAGCAAAUACAGUAACAGGGCGGAAUUUAUAAUAUCAGUAUGACUGUACACGCAAACACACACGCACACAGAGGCAGGGUCAACUCCAGACUUUUGCUGCAUUAAAAGUGUGGGCAACCCAUGCAAGAUGAGCCUGAAUUAAUAACCUUACGUAUAUCAUACUUUCACCUUCUCUAUCCUCAUCUUCUCCCCCCUUGACCAUAAAAAGAUGUCUGCUCAGCAAAGAUUAUCAAACAUUCAACAACACAUCGAAAAUAGUGCGGCUGCAAGCAUCUUUUCAGAUGUGCCACAAGCACCACCAGAUGCAAUCUUUAAAUUAACCGCUGCAUACAAAGCUGACACUUACGAUAAGAAGGUCAACCUCGGUGUAGGUGCUUAUCGUGAUGAUGAUGGUAAACCUUGGGUUUUGCCUUCGGUCAAGAUGGCAAAGAGAGCACUACUCGAGAACGAAGAUAUCGAUCACGAAUACCUUGGAAUCACUGGAUUAAACGAAUUCACAUCUUCCGCUGCUAAGCUGAUCCUUGGCUCAUCAUCCGAGGCCAUCAGCGAGAAACGUGUAUCCAGCGUUCAAACAAUCAGUGGAACAGGUGCAAAUCAUUUGGGUGCCGUAUUCUUGAACAAAUUUUAUCCUUUCGAUAAAGCAGGUGGACAACGUCAAAUUUACAUCAGUAAUCCCACAUGGGCAAACCAUAAAGCCAUCUUCAACAGUGUUGGCAUCAAACCGGUGGAUUAUCCUUGGUAUGACGCAAAGACUGUCGGACUUGAUUUUGAGGGUUUGACAAAGACUUUGAAAGAAGCACCUAAACAAUCAGUCUUUCUCUUACACGCAUGUGCUCACAACCCAACCGGCGUUGACCCAACGAAAGAGCAAUGGAAGCAAAUCGCUGAUCUGUUUGAACAACAAGGACACUAUGCAUUCUUUGAUUGUGCUUAUCAAGGUUUCGCUUCGGGAAAUCUAGAUGAGGAUGCCUACAGUGUUCGAUUGUUCAUUGAAAGAAGAACGAUUCCAGUUUUGGUUUGUCAAAGUUUCGCAAAGAAUGCUGGAUUAUACGGAGAGCGAAUUGGUGCUUUACACAUCGUUUCCACCACACCUGAAAGAGCAGCUGCCGUUACAAGUCAAUUGAGUGUGAUCCAAAGAAGCGAAAUCAGUAAUCCACCCGCGUUCGGAGCCAGAAUUGUGACAAUGAUCCUGAACGAACCAAAAUUGUGGGAUCAAUGGCAAAAGGAUGUUACAACGAUGGCCGACCGUAUCAUCUCUAUGCGUAAAUCGUUACACAGUCUAUUAGUGGAGAAGUACAAGACACCGGCACCCGGAGGUAACUGGGAUCAUAUCCUUAAGCAAAUCGGAAUGUUUACCUUCCUCGGCUUAAAUGAGAAGCAAUGUGCGUUGAUCGUCAACGAAGGUCACAUUUACAUGACCAGCAAUUCUCGUAUCUCUAUGGCUGGAUUGACCACCAAAAACGUUGAAUAUGUUGCUAGCUGGAUCGAUAAAGCAGCACGUUCAUGAGUGAUAUAAAUUGUCAAUCUCGUGAAUACUAUCAUCCCAAAAAA